AAAACGUUUAACGACUGAGGACUCCCUUUUCGACCGCACCGACUCCGAACCUGCCGAACCUGCCGAACGCCACCAUGGCCACGACAGGCGGCGCACCGGCCAGCGCCAUCGCAAUCGCAAUCGCAGCCUUGCACUACAUUGCUCCCAUUGUGACUGGAACAUAUUUCGUCGCCGCCAAGACCACCGCUGGCUGCCUCUUGCAGCAUCCGUCGGCGCAUGCCGGCUCCAGAUCUCGCAGACAUGCCGCCAUCGCCUUGCAAGCUGCAGUGACCGUGACUGCGGCAGCUGAAGCCCUUUUGGCCAUCGUACAAUCCCUGCAGCAACCUGCCUGGUACGCUUCACAAGACUACAUCGUCUAUCUUAUCUUGCUGUUCGCCGUGCACGCCUCUCUCCUCCUCGGCCUCCUCGAAAACAAAAAGCCGCUAUGGCAUCCAUAUCUGGGAGCUUGGCUGCUCGCACUUGCCUUCGACAUUCCGCUCUUUACACUCCACAUCACAUCACAUCUUCCCCAUUCCAUUUCUGCUUCGCCCGAAAACGACUACUCCAGCGCUCGCGUGGCGCUCUGCGUGGCGCGUACAGCGCUGCUGGUGGCUGUGUUCUUGACAAUCAGCGCACUUGCUCUCCAUGACCGCCCCAAGAGUGUGAAGUUGGACGCUGAGAGCGAGGCUCUACUCCGCGCCGGCGUACAUGGAAGCGCAAACGGGAGCGCGAACGGGAAAAAGCCAAAACCAGGAAGCACUUCUCCCUCGCCAAGAGACAGCGUCCUGUGCAAUGGAGCAUCUGGAAGCGCUUCGAAUACUGAUGCGGGCGACUCGGAUACGGUCAAGCACGAUGACGAUGAUGUCGAUAUCGAUUCUGACAGCGAGGAGCCAGAACGUGACAAGGAGCUCAAGAAACAGCAGCAAAAGCGUCUCGAAGAAUCCGGUAGCUGGCUUGGCUACAUCAAGGAGUUCCAAAUUUUCCUGCCCAUGCUGCUUCCCUGGAAAGAUCGUCUUGUGCAAGCCUGCUUCGCGGUCAUCGCGGUCAUCAUCCUCGCCGAGCGUGCGCUGAACAUCUUGGUUCCUCGUCAGUUGGGUAUCAUCGUGACCGAGCUUUCGCAAACUGGAAUGACUGGGCAAGCGCCUUGGAAAGCCAUCGGUCUGUGGGUGCUCUAUGCUUCGCUGGACUCCCCAGCUUGUCUGCCAUUGAUCAAGCAGUUGGCUCAAAUUCCAAUCGAACAAUACGGCUACAAGAAGAUCUCGACUACGGCAUUCAGCCACAUCAUGGGACUUUCCAUGGACUUUCACAAUGAGAAGGACUGUGGCGAGCUGAUUCGAGCUGUCGACCAGGGAACUACAUUGCAGAAUCUGGUGGACUUCUUCCUCUUCGAAGUGGCGCCCAUGUUCUUCGACUUGAUCGUAGCAUUCGUCUACGUAUCUUUCCUGUUCGAUGUCUACAUGGCAAUCAUCCUGAUUGGAGUCGGAAUCGCAUAUGUCUGGAUCGGCACUAAAGUCACAGCAUGGAGCAUGAGGCACCGCCGCAACUUUAACGCGGCGUGGCGGAAUGAGUCGAAAGUGCAGACUGAGGCCAUUGUCAACUGGAGCACCGUUUCGCACUUCAACCGACGACAGUACGAGACACAGCGCUACGUCAACACGGUCGAUAGCUUCAACCUCGCCGAAUGGAAGUACUACCUGGCUUAUCACCUGGGAGCUGCUGCACAGUCAUUCAUCAUGCUUGUCGGUCGCCUUACUGCAGUCAUGCUGGCCGCGACUCGAGUUGCACAAGGUCGUGCGCCUGUCGGUAGCUUUGUCACUCUGGUCACCUAUUGGAGGUCGAUCGAAUAUCCACUUGCGAAUGUGUCAUAUUCGGUCCGCAGGGUUUCGCAAAUGCUCAUUGACUCCGAGCGUCUCCUCCAGCUUUUGACCACGAAAGCAACCGUCACCAACUCGCCAAACGCCAAAGACAUCAAGAUCUCGCAAGGCGAAGUCGUCUUCGAUCACGUCAACUUCAGCUACGAUCCGCGGAGAGCCACACUCAAGGAUGUCAACUUCAGAGUCAAGCCAGGCCAGACGGUAGCGCUCGUUGGAGAGACUGGGGGUGGCAAGUCCACUAUUUUGAAGCUGCUCUACCGUUACUACGACGUCGCGGAGGGUGCCAUUCGGAUAGAUGGACAGGACAUCCGAGAAGUGACGCUGGACAGCAUGCGCGAUUCCUUCGGCAUGGUGCCUCAAGAUCCGUCCCUGUUCAACGUGUCCAUCAUGGAAAACAUUCGAUACGCCCGCCUCGAUGCAACUGAUCAGGAAGUCCAUGAUGCGUGCAGAGCUGCUGCAAUCCACGACAAAAUCAUGACUUUCCCGGAUGGCUACAAAGCCACGGUGGGUGAACGAGGCGUCAAGCUCUCCGGAGGCGAGUUACAACGCGUCGCCAUCGCUCGCGCCAUCCUCCGAAGACCCAAGAUCGUGCUCCUCGACGAAGCCACCUCGCAAAUCGACGCCGAAACCGAAGCUCUGAUCCAAGAAGCUUUCAAGCGACUCACGGCCGAUCGCACGACGUUUAUUGUCGCCCAUCGACUUUCUACUAUCCAGCACGCUGACCUGAUCUUGGUCAUCAAUGACGGACAGAUUGUGGAGAGAGGUAGUCAUGAUGAAUUGUUUAGAAAGAAGGGCAAAUACGUGGCGCUGUGGAGUAAGCAGCUCAGUAAGGAAGUCAGAGAUUUGGGUACUACGCUUGAUGUCUCGAAGAAGGAUGAAGAUCUCAUCGAGCUACAAUCUGCACGCGAGGGGGGCGAGUAG